AUGAAGGAACUGAGACCAAAAAUAAAGAACUUUGGAACUCUGACCAGAGUCACUGUUGGUGAAAAAAAUCCAAACAAGACAAAUAAAACCAUCUUACUUGUGGGUGAAUCAGGAGCAGGAAAAUCUAAACUCGUCAACACUCUGUUCAACUACGCCAUGGGAGUGAAGUUUGAGGAUGAAGUCUGGUUUCAGAUCGUAGAGGAGGAGGAGAAAAGUCAGACAGAAAGUCAGACAUCAGAUGUGAUCGUGUAUGAGAUCUGUUGUUUUGAAGAUGAAAUUCUGUCCUGCUCUCUGACCAUCAUCGAUACUCCUGGAUAUGAAAUCACCAAAGGGACAAAACAUGAAGACAUCAGACAUGAAAAAUUAUUGAGCUUGUUUCAAUCAGACGAUGGAGUUCAUGAAGUUCAUGCUGUGGGUCUGGUGAUGAAGGCAAGUGAUAAUCGACUGAGUGACCGACUGAUGUACAACCUGAAUUCAAUGAUGUCUCUGUUUGGAAAAGACCUCGAAAAAAACAUCGUAGCUCUCAUCACACACUCAGAUGGAAGAAGACCUAAAAAUUCUCUUCAGGCUCUUGAAGCUGCAAAAAUUAAAUGUGCCAGAAAUGAGAAGAAUCAGCCUGUUUACUUCCUCUUUAAUAACUGCCAGCAUGAAGACCGAACAGAGGAAAGAGAACACCUGCAAAAUAUUAAUGAAAUAUCAGAGAGGGGGAUCAGAGAGUUCACAACCUUCCUCAAAAAAACUGCACCUCUGAAACUGACGGUAACUGUGGAAGUCCUGAAUGAACGAAUCACACUGAAAGCCUGCAUUCAAAACCUGCGAGAGAGAAUCGAACUGACUGAACUGAAACAGGCAGAAAUCAAACAGAUUCAAGAAGGUCUGAAGAAACAUGAAGAAGAGAUGAAGAAGAAUGAGGAGUUCACUGUAGAAGUUGAUGAGAUCGCCCUGAAAGCUGAUUCAGUGUCCACUAUUGUCCAUUUGGACUUCCUGAUUGAGAAGAUGAAGGAGGAACGAGACACAGAGAAGGUCCAGAAACUGGAGGAGAUGAAAGACAGAGUGGAUGAAGGAACCAGAGCAGCUCUGAGAUACAAACAGUAUCUGGUAAAAUAG